GUAAAGAGGCAACCAGAGAGACGCACAAGUCGGGUAGGCGGCAGCCUGCUGGUAGAGAGAGGCCGGGGAGGAGACAGAAUAUCCGGAUGUUUUAAAUAAGUAAACAUUUGUCGUGUUAGAGGAGGUUGUUUUACUUUGUAUCCAGUCUCAGUGAGGGUCAUGUUAUAGGCCUAGCAUUUGAUGUGUUUUAAAGCGUCGUAGCGGUAGUGACAAGUAACCCGAAUGAGGAAACCACUCUGUUUCGCGUGUCCUCGCUUCCUGCCUCGCUCCUAGGUGUGAAUUCGGCUCAGCAGCGGGGGAAAAGGACAGAAAACAUCGCACAGACAUCAUGGUUGCCGGCGAGCUCGUGCAGGAGCAUCUGCGCGCGGACACUGGCGCACCUGACGACAUCACGGUCGCCAGGAAGACUCCCGAGCUGGACGGAGCAGCCGAGAGAUGCGCGGAUCCUGCAGAGGAAGCGGCGCUGACGGGCGGGGCCGGGGUUACAGACUCUAAUCGGGCGCUGGAGCAGGAGCAGGAGCAGGAGAAGGAGGCGCAGCCGGAUGAGAGAGAGGCGAUGCUGCCCAACGGAGGAGGCGGAGGAGGAGAGGCGGGGGAGAAGGAAGGGAAGACGCUAGAGACGAGACUGUAUUGGCGCCGGUUCGCCGUACUGACAGUCUUCAGCUUGUACUCUCUGGUGAACGCCUUCCAGUGGAUCCAGUACAGCAUCAUCACCAACGUGUUCACCCAGUACUACGGGGUGACUAACGACAAGGUGGACUGGCUCUCCAUCGUCUACAUGGUCGCCUACGUGCCGCUCAUCUUCCCGGCCACUUGGCUGCUGGACCGGAAAGGCUUGCGGCUCACGGCCCUGUUGGGAGCCGGCCUCAACUGCGCCGGCGCCUGGCUCAAGUGCGCCAGCGUGAGCCCCGAGCUGUUCGGAGUCACCGUCAUCGCGCAGGUCAUCUGCUCCGUGGCGCAGGUGUUCAUCCUCGGCCUGCCGUCCCGCGUCGCCUCGGUGUGGUUCGGACCCCGGGAGGUUUCCACCGCGUGUGCCACGGCAGUGCUGGGAAACCAGUUGGGAACAGCCAUAGGUUUCCUGUUGCCUCCAGUUUUGGUUCCCACCACGCCUGACAACACUGAGCUGACGGGUCACAACAUCAGCAUCAUGUUCUACGGCACCGCCACUGUCUCCACGGUCCUCUUCCUCCUAACGGUUAUAGUCAUAAAGGACCGGCCUCCUCUCCCUCCCAGUCACGCCCAGGCUGUCCUCCCAGACUCUCCUCCUGAAGAUUACUCCUACAAACAGUCCAUCUUGAACCUAAUAAAGAAUAAAGCAUUUGUGCUCUUGCUCGUCAGCUACGGUAUAAUGACUGGUUGCUUCUACUCUGUCUCAACACUUCUCAACCAGAUGAUCAUGGCCUGCUACGAGAACCAGGAGUUGAAUGCUGGGAGAAUUGGUUUGACUCUGGUUGUUGCUGGAAUGGUCGGCUCCAUCCUCUGUGGUCUGUGGCUGGACUACACAAAGACAUACAAGAUGACGACUCUGAUCGUGUACAUCUUGUCGUUUCUGGGCAUGAUAGUCUUCACUUUCACUCUGAACCUCGACAACAUCCAACUGGUCUUCUUCACUGCUGGAGCUCUGGGAUUCUUCAUGACAGGUUACCUGCCUCUGGGCUUUGAGUUUGGAGUGGAAAUUACCUACCCAGAGUCUGAAGGAACGUCGUCAGGACUCCUGAAUGCUUUUGCUCAGAUAUUUGGGAUCAUUUUCACUCUGAUUCAGGGCAAACUGACCACAGACUUCACUCCACUGGCUGGAAAUCUCUUCCUCUGCGCCUGGAUCUUCCUGGGAAUUCUGCUCACUGCCUUAAUUAAGUCAGAACUGAAACGACACAAUGUCAACAUUGGAGCUGACAGCAACCACCUGCAAGCACUUCCUACUGAGUGUCCUGGGGACUUCCCUUCAGAAAAGAAAAGCAACGGAUUCAAGCUGGAGCCCUCCCUCAGCUUCUCCCGUGAAACCUCACUGUGACCCUGCCAAGUCACUGCAUCGCAGGACAACUAAAAAGGUCUCCCUGCUGCCCUGGGAUACUUGCUGGCACAGCUCUCUAUGUGAACCACCUAAAGGUGCACUUGAUUUUUUGUUGCCAAGCUCCUAGAUAAUUGGAAAGACAGAGGCUCUGGAUGUGAUGCCAAGUCUAGUCAAGCACAGCCACAAUCUACAGUGGAUUCAAGACAGGCGGGUGACCAACAAGUCACAGAGGGGCAGCAGGUCACCCCCAAAGCUGUUUGACCUUGUUAAAGCUCCCCUGCAGUAACAUCCAGGUCCCAAACACUUGCAUAGAAGAUUACCUCCAAUUUACAGAACUUGUGGAGAUGUUGUGGAUUGGUUAAAAAAAAAGUAUGCAAGCAAUGUCAUGCAGAAAAAGCUCCAGUGCACUUUAUUACUACUGCCCUCAUUGUGGGUGAAGCAUGACGCUCCCAGUUUGGUUACUGUAUGUAAAUCCAGUUUUACUGGAAAACAGGCUGGUAAAAUACGCUUCCGAUUCCUAGAUCACCGUCAAAGGUUUGCUGUAGUUGAAACAAAAUUCUCCUGUGAUCUUGAACAAUCACAACAGCAAGUGAAGUUUUCGGAGUCUCCAGGUGUCUGUGUGGCAGAACCAGAGAGCCAAUCUGUUUGGUUUUGUACUGCGGCCACAGCACGGGGCCAACGUCUCCUGAGUUUACUUGAAAUAUCCUUAUCCUCAUGCUCUGAACUGAAGUUGGAAAACUCACUUUAAAUGUUGUUCAUAUUGCUCCAUUUGUUUCCUCCACUACAUACGGCUGUAGUAGCUACAAAAGAGGAACACAUCUGAAAUCUGGUUUGAAGUUGCUUCGGUUGAGGAUAGUCGUCAUCAAUCCUGUUUAUUUUUCUGCAGUUUUGCAUGUAUAUAAGACAGGCCAAGAAGCAGCUGCAAAUAGUUUUGUGUGGUUUGUUUUAGUCUGCAUAAUAAUGGGCUGACUUACAGUCAUACCAUUAAUGACAAACAUAAAUGGUAUGACUUUAAGUCCCAGGAGGUCUAGGCAGUUACUGGAAUCUUCGCAGGUUUUUAUUAGCAGCUUUUCUUUGUGACACAGGUUUAUUUAUGAAUGUUGUCCUGCAUAGGUGGAGAUAAAUUAUUCCGUUGUGACUGAAUGCGCUUAUCUGGUACAAGAAAAAAAAAAAAAAUACACUAGGGAUGGGAAGUCAUAUCAUUCAUGACAAAUGACUGAUGCAAAAGAGAAAGAAGUUCAGAGGACUUGUGCUUUGCUUUCAUAUUCUAGGGGUGCAUCCCUCAGUGUUUUCUCUUGUUUCCUUCCCUUAAGUCACCACCACAAAGGGACAAAGGGAGCAGACGGACAGGGAAGACAUGUACAGGCAAUUUAGAAGUGUCCAUUUGCUUUGAAGGUGCAAACUGACACUAAGAAUAAAAACACUGUGCUUUGAAAGAACAUUAUGACGUCAGAGAAAUCACUGAGAAAUCUGCUGUAGUAAAACAGAUGUAUGUAUUCUAUACAGAAGCUUGUACAGUGGCUUGUACAAUGGCUUCCCUGACAACUCAACAGUGCUGCAGUGUUACCUUCACAAACCACAGUGGACCAAACAGAAUGUGAAUAUGUUCUGUGCACAAAAAGAAACACACGCACAACGUCAAGUUUUUAUACUCUAAGGCAUGAUUUCAGAUGUGUUUUUAAUGUUGACGUGUCCAUUGUUACUCUCUGAGCAUCACAGCUGACAGACGGAUGGACAGCGCCAUCCUGUGGGGCUCUUACAGUAGUGACAAAGUAAACAGUGGACAGGAGAAGCACAUAAGAGUUCAAUUCUUUUUUUUUAAAGGUAGGGUGUGGAGGAUUUUCCAGUUGCUGUUUGUAAACACACAUUCAAAUUUGGCCCCUCCUAUCAGGCUCAACUCUCCCGGGUGUACGGAGCCCGGAGGUACGGAAGAAGGCUUCACAGAAGAGGUUCAGGCAAGGCUAGCGCUGGUGCACGCUCGGACACGCUCGGGCACGGCACCUGCGCUCUCUCAUUGGCUGGGGAAAUCUCCGCCCAGAAGCGGUCCAAGCUCAAAAAACAUCAAAAUACAGUUAAAGGGCAGGAGCUCUGCAAACAGAGUCAUCACCACACAUGAGUAGAAGCCCAUAGGUGAUGAUUAAGCAGGAUUUCAUUUGUGUAUGUCUAUAUUUUGUUUUGUUUGAAAAUCCUCCAGAUCCUACCUUUAACAGAAAAAAGUGCUAAUUUAUUUUCGAUCGAUCUGUUCGUUUUAUUUCUGUUUUAUUAAAGAACUCUAUUUUUUUGUAGCUUUUCAUUUAUAACUUAAAGUAUACUUUUUUACACAAGUGUAAAUUCAAGUUGCCAACUCUUACCUUGUCAAAAUAGAUGCAAAAUGUGCAUUUAGCUGUCACCUAGCUUACCUCCACUUUUGUGUCCAAAGUCUUAAACCCCAUCUACACUGGAUGUAUUUAUUUGACAGUCAUCUGACAUCUGACAAGCAUUUUCUUACACAAAUUUAUUUGUGAUAGUUUUAUUUGAUCUUCGAUUCAUUUGGUAAUGACAUUUUUUUUUGGGGUAUUUACAAAGUUGUCACUCCUCCCUUUGUAUCUCACAAGGCCUGUCUGAUAAUACUGAUCUGUGUUGACUAUAUCAGCACAGAGCAGUUUAUACCCUAUACCUUUCUUAAUAUUCAUUUAUCAUGGUCACAUGUUUCCCCAAAUUUUUCUCAUUCUUUUUUUGGGGGGGAGGAAAAUAUUUAUUUGGUUCGAAUUUUUCAAACCUUUGAAAAUAGUUCAUGUGUAAAACUUCUCAUAUGUGUGAUGCAUUCUUUUACUUUCUGGUUCUUAGCAAAUGAAGAGCUAACAUUUCUUUGUCUUUCUCUAAUUUUUUUUACAACAGGAACUUUUAUAGAGCACUUGUAUUAUUUAUUUGUUUUGUCAAGCUAGGCUACUUAUUGAUCUCUGAAUAAAUUACUAAAGGGUUAAUAACGUAUAGUUCUCUGGUCUGAAAAUACUGAGUUCAACCUCUUUGAUACAACCAGUGAAACAUUUCAUUACACUGUUCCAUAUUUUAAAAAAUUGCAUUCAGUAAUUUGUCCUCAGUCUUGUGUUUAUUCAAACAUAUUUAACAUUGUCCCUCUGAUUUCAACAUUUCUUUAUAUGACCAAAACUGAUUUUACAAGUGAAAUCAGGAAAGGAUAUUAUGUGUUGUGAUACUGUUACUGCUGCUGAGACAAUUUCUGUAUUAAAACCAUUGAGUUGCAAUGCUUUCUCCUCCAGUGGCUCUACUGUAUCCAUGAUUUUGGGAUUUGAAGGGGUUUUUGAAUUCCGGUACAAAUCCAUUUCUGAGUGGCAGGAUGUUUUUAUGCUCGUAAUCCACUGUUACCUGAUGCAUAUCAACCUUAUGGCAGAUGUCAAACUAAUAUCCAGACAGCUAAAGUGGUACUUGACAGAAAAGGUUUGCAUUAGUCUGUGUUUUUCUCAUUGUCAACAAAUCCUGUCAAAACACCAAAGACUGCAGUGUGUUAGUCUGUCUUUCUUGUCUUUUUUCCCCAAGCACUUUGGUUUCCGCUGAGGUUUUAAGUUAAAAAGUAAACAAAGCUUAGUGAUUUCUUAAAACAGCCGGGCGCUGCAGUUUUUUCACAUUUCUCAACCAGGAGUAAGCAAUGGUUUUGUUGGGAAAUAUUUGCAGAAGCGUGAUAAUUCAUAUUUGGUGCUCUAGUUGGUAUUUGGGGCAGCAGGACAUCUGUACAACUGGGUCAAAAUAAACUACAUUGUGUGUGUUCAUGUUAAAGAAGGAGCAUUUCACCCAGUGCAACAGUGUGAUUCAUUAAUGUGUUUUUAAUAGUUUUUGGACAGCAGUGUUGCUCUCUGGCACAGAGGAAGAAUAAAUAUCAAGCUUUGGUACACACACAAUACUUGUCAGGACAUACAAUCACUGUUGGUUUGGUCUUAUCAUGGGAUUUGAUGACAAUAAGUAAGAUGGAGAAUAUCGUCAGCCUCAUUUAAUCCGGAUACUGAUUUAAAACCACACUGGACACCCCGUGCAGAUUGUUGCACUAAUUAUAUCCCAUUAUUUAAGAAUGCAAAUGUUUAAUUUAUCUGUGAAGCUGCUGAUGGAUUUUAAGUAAUUUUCUCAGUAAUUCAUGAAGAAUCUUGUCUGCUGUCAUAAAUACUGGAAUCACAUUGUAUGCAGAUGAUAUUAACCUGUACAUUAAAGUUUGAAUCAAAAGACACUGAGUAAAAUCACACCAAUAAAAGCAUUCUA